AUGGUGAAGAGCAAACCUUCCCAAGGUGUGAGUGGAGUGCGCCGUAAACCGGCACCUUCUUUAUACCAACACAUUUCCAGCUUUAAACCGCAAUUCAGCACACGCGUCGACGAUGUUUUGCACUUCAGUAAGACAGUGACAUGGAGAAGCGAGAUUAUCCCUGAUAAAUCCAAGCGCACUCUGACUACUAGUCUUUUAUACUCUCAAGGUAGUGAUAUUUACGAAAUAGAUACCAGUUUACCAUUGAAGACAUUCUACGAUGACGAUGGCGACGACGAUGGCGACAAAAACAAUAACGAGGAUAGUUCCAAGACUAAGUCAACUGCUACUCCUAAUCCUGAGUAUGGUGAUGCUUUCCGUGAUGUUGAGGGAAAGGCACUACGCCCCAAAUGGAUUUAUCAAGGUGAAACAGUUGCCAAGAUGCAGUACUUGGAAAGCUCAGACGACAGUACGGCGAUCGCAAUGUCCAAGAACGGUUCUCUGGCCUGGUUCAGAGAUGACAUCAAGGUUCCCGUUCAUAUCGUUCAGGAAAUGAUGGGCCCCGCUACUAGGUAUUCUAGCAUUCACUCAUUAACCAGACCUGGUUCACUGGCUGUGGCAGAUUUUGAUGUAUCGACCAAUAUGGAUACGGUGGUAAAGUCACAAAGUAAUGGAUACGAGGAAGACAGCAUCUUAAAAAUCAUUGAUAACUCCGAUAGACCGGGAGACAUUUUACGUACAGUGCACGUUCCAGGGACCACAGUGGCUCAUUCAGUCAGGUUUUUCAACAAUCAUUUAUUCGCAUCAUGUUCAGAUGACAACAUUUUAAGAUUCUGGGAUACAAGAACAGCAGACAAGCCGCUUUGGACACUAAGCGAGCCGCAAAACGGACGACUCACGUCUUUCGACUCCUCCCAAGUCACAGAAAACUUAUUUGUUACUGGUUUCAGCACAGGUGUCAUCAAGUUAUGGGAUGCGCGCGCUGUGCAACUGGCCACCACUGACCUCACACAUAGGCAAAACGGAGAGGAGCCGAUCCAAAAUGAGAUAGCCAAAUUGUUUCAUUCUGGCGGCGAUUCAGUAGUCGAUAUCCUGUUCUCGCAAACCUCCGCUACAGAAUUUGUUACAGUUGGGGGAACGGGUAAUGUCUACCAUUGGGACAUGGAGUACUCUUUUUCAAGAAACGAUGAUGACAAUGAAGACGAAGUUCAAGUUGCUGCUCCGGAGGAACUUCAGGGUCAAUGUCUGAAGUUUUUCCACACUGGUGGCACAAGAAGAUCUAGCAAUCAAUUCGGGAAGAGAAACACCGUGGCCCUGCACCCUGUAAUUAAUGAUUUUGUCGGCACUGUGGAUUCUGAUAGUCUUGUCACUGCUUACAAACCAUUUGUCGCCAGCGACUUUAUUAGCAGAGGUUACGACGACUAA